CCAUGUACUACGAUGAGGACGGGGAUCUUGCUCACGAGUUCUACGAGGAGACAAUCGUCACCAAGAACGGGAGGAAGCGCGCCAAGCUGAAGAGGAUCCACAAGAACCUGAUACCUCAGGGCAUAGUGAAACUAGAGCACCCUCGCAUUCACGUGGAUUUCCCGGUGAUCAUCUGCGAGGUGUGAGUCCCAGACAUCUCUGCCUGCGGGCGGGAGGCCCUGCCCCACCGCCCCCAGCCUUGCCGGGCCAGGCUGCCCCAUGUUCCCACCCGAGGAGGACUCCGGGCGCGCGGCGGGACAGUGGCUCUCCCCUCGCCCGGAGGUGAGGCGGAACGGAGCAGGCCCUCGCAGGAGAUGGGUGACCUUGUGCAACGACUGCUUAAAAACAUCCUCGCUUGAGUCAGAAGACUAAAAUACCUAUUGUAGCCUCUAGCCCAUGUUGGAUGGGUAACUGGAACUGCAGACGAGCUGCUGUGUGUGAGCUGUUAAAGGGAGAGUGAGCCCGCACUUCUCACCAGAGAGAACCCCCUGCUUCUCAGGUAUGCAGCCCAGGGAGGGCCAGGGCACGGUGACCCACUGCCCAAGGCCUCCGGGGCCCGCAGGUUAGAUGGCCAGUGUUGCAGCGUGUCCCUUGACACGGGUGUGAGGUGAUGGGUCCGUUGAUGGAGGAUGAACAGGGCAGGCUGAGGGGUCUUGAAGCACAUUUGGCUGGCUGCUGUGCUCCUCUUGGGAAGGGGACGGAGAUCAGAUGCCGCUCUCUUGGACCUCAGUCUCUUCCCCCUGUGCGUUUCCCCGCUUACACUGGCUCUGGGAAGGCUGGCUUUGCUGCUGCCUGCUGGAGAUUAACAGAAUUGAUGAAGUUUGACUCCUCGCUGGUGGUUUCUCAGAGAGGGUCUUGGUGGCAUAGUUCCCCUUCGGUAGGAGAAAAGAGCCGCCAAGUCUCCUCUCUGGAUCCCAGGGCGAAAAGUACUUCAUUUGAGUUGAAGGAGGCCAGGGCUCUCUUCUCAUCUGCGCUGUAGGUCUAGUUCUCUGCACAGACACAAGGCUUCCAUGCGCUGAUGUCUGAUGCCUCUCAUGACAUAACCAGAGCUCUCAAACGAUGCGAUCUCUUCACUGGUCAAGCCGAUCUCGCCUCUCUGGGGAAUACGUUUUCCCCUGUCAUCCUGAGACACAUGAGUUUUGGGAGCCUCUGGUCCAAUCAGGCUAUCAGCUUCAGUAUUUUUUGAUCUCUCAGUCCAGAGAUCAUCCCCUUGAACUGUUUCACCAUUGGAAUCUUCACUACUUGAAUUGCUGGAUUCCUUCCUGCUCUUCUAGUUUUUCUUCUUCUUCUUCUUGCUCUUCUUUUUCCUCUUCUUGCUUUUCUUUUUAUCUUCAUCACAGGAGUUCUGCUCAGACUCUGACUCACUGUCGCUGUCCUCAGAAUGUUUUCUGCGCUUUCUUUUGGAUGCCUUACGUUUUUUCUUCUGUCUUCUUUUCCUCUUCUGGGCUGGAAUCCGAAGAACUACUCUUAGAUUUUGCCUCUUCACCUUCUACCGGUGUAUGCUCAUCAGAAUUGGGGUCAGGAACCUCUGGUGGCAGCCCCCAUAUUUCAGGUGCCCCCAGCUCUCCAAUUCUCUCAGUGGGUCUCCUCUGCCACAGGAUCUCCUCCUUCUCCUUCUCCUAGUACUCGGGCCAGCCCUUGCCAUGGUAGUGGUGUGCGCGGUGGAGCACAGU